AUGACGAGUGCCUCACAUGCGCUCACUUGUUCUCCCACUUGUCACGCUCCAUGCACCCCACUCGAGUCGCCCCCGUGCAUGCUCGUGCUGUACCUCACGCGUCUCUCACAUGUUCGCAAAGGCGUUUCUGAGAAAGCCUCUCUUGAAUACACUGUCGCACGUACUCUCAUAAGCCUCCCGCAAGUCUCCUCAGUUACGCUCUCCUUCCUCUCUCACGCGCCUUCCGCGCAAGUCACAUUCGCGUUAUUCUCGUUUCACCCAUGCCUCCCACAGUCGCCACCGCAUCAUGCGCCUCUAACGCUCUUGCCCCGUCUCCGCUCUUAUUUUCCGCUCCCUUCCUUUUCCGCCCCCGCGUCGCCCCGCCAGGUGCCUCGGUGGAUCGCGUCGUAUUCAGCCGCGCCUGCUACAGUACCCGUUAUUCCCGCCGCAAUCGUCGCCGCCAAUCCGUUCCCCUUCCUUCCCGCUGCGCUCAAGCCGCUCCCGUUCUCCGCGCUACCCGCCGCCGCCACCGCCACGGCAGCCGCGACUACGCUGGCGCCCCUCACGACCUCCCUUCCGCUUUCUCCUCCGUCUUCCGCCCACCUUCCGCCUUCCGCCCCCCUUCCGCCUCCGCCGUUCUCGAAUCUCCCCUCAUCCGCGUCCGCCUAUACGUUUCUCCGCCCGCGCGCAACUUACGCCGUCGAGCGUGCCGUUCCCGAUGCCAACAACCCUUUUUCACCCUUCCCCGUCCCCGCGCAACAUCCAGGAAGCUUCAUCUGCCAUCCGCCGUUCUUCCCGGGAUAUCCCCCUCCGUUUCCGCCGACCCUUCUUGCCGCCGCAUCCGCGGAUGCCGCCGCCACUGCCACCGCCGCCGCCACCGCCGCCGCUCUUCCAUCAUUUGCGGAUGCGUCCCCAUUGGUUGUGAGGCCACGGCCUCGCAACGCGACAGUCUCCGCGCUGCCGCGAGUAACAUCCGGCGAAUCAGAACCCGGUCGCAUGAUGUCCGACGACAAUGCCGCACUCCACGGCGCGAAUCCCGCCGCAUUCGACGACGCAGGUCCCGUGGAGGUUGCCGCUGCUGCCGCCGGCGCCGAGCUGGGCGCGCACGAGCUCUCCGCGAUUCGCGCGGUGAUGAUGCGACACGAAGCCGCGUUUCGCGCGCAAGUUGCGGAUCUGCACGCGAUUUGCGCCGUACAACGCGGGCUCAUGACGGCGACAAUGACUCACCCCUCCGACGAAGCACCGGGUAGCGCGGCGGCAGACGCGGCUUGUAAAGAGGCACCGAGGGGCGAGAGGAAAACUGCAGCGACCGUUGGGAGAGGGGAUGCAGGGAACGGUGAUUUGCGGGGAGACUCGGUAGGCGGGGAGGCGAGCGCGCAUCAUAUGGCGGAACAGGAUAGCCGUCGGCGGAAAGCGGCAAACCGCGCGGGUGCGCUUCUUUUCGAUUUGGAGCAGCUUCCUGGAAAUGACGAGGGGGAGGAGGCCGACGAGGGGGAGGAGGACGGCGGAGGAGGGGGAGAACGGGAACUCAUGCGCUCGAGACGCACGCGCUUCGUCGAUCGCGUCGCCUACGCCGCUACUAACUCCUGCGCCUGCGUCGCGGACGCCGCCGUCUUCCGCCGCUCCCACGUCUCCGCGCGCGCCCUCCGGCGUCGGAGCUCUGCCGCUGCCAGUCCGCGCGCCAGCUGCAGCAGCGGCGGGCGCAACAUUCUCCGCGGACUCAAGCGCGGGCAGUCACGCCGGGCGCUGCCGCGGGGGAAGGCGGAAGCGACAAACCCCGUGUGA